AUGGGAAGCAUUGAGAGUCAAGAAACACAUGUUCUAUUGGUAGCCCUGCCGUACCAAGGUCACCUCAAUCCAAUGCUAAAAUUCGCCAAACUUCUCUCACGACCUAACCUCCACCUCACUCUCGCCACCACCGAGCAAGCCCGUGGCCUCCUCUCGACGACCGAAGAAGAACAACGUAGCCCUCCUGUGGACUUGGCUUUCUUUUCAGACGGUCUACCUAAAGACGACCCAAGAGAUGCAGAUUCUCUCAUCGUGUCGUUGAGAAAUGUCGGAGCCAAGAACUUGUCUGAAAUCGUUGAAUCAAAGAGAUUCUCUUGCAUCAUCACCGUGCCUUUUGCUCCAUGGGUUCCAGGUGUUGCAGCUUCAUAUAACAUCCCUUGUGCACUCCUCUGGAUCGAAGCUUGUGGAGCUUUCUCGGUUUAUUACCGUUACUACAUGAAGACAAACACUUUCCCCGAAAAUCUCGAAGAUCUGACUCAGACAGUUGAGUUACCAGGUUUGCCAUUGUUGGAAGUUGGAGAUCUCCCUUCCUUUCUCUUGCCUUCUGCAGGAAGUCACCUAAAUAACCUAAUGGUGGAUUUCGUCGAAUGCUUGAAAGAUGUGAAAUGGGUUUUGGUUAAUUCAUUUUACGAACUUGAAUCAGAGAUAAUUGAUUCGAUGUCUGAGCUGAAACCAAUGAUCCCGAUCGGUCCUCUGGUCUCUCCAUUUCUAUUGGGAGCAGAUGAAGACAAAACCCUAGAUAAUGGUGGUUGUAUGGAGUGGCUUGACAAGCAAGCUAGGUCAUCGGUUGUGUACAUAUCUUUCGGAAGUUUGAUAAAAUCAUCGGAGAACCAAGUCGAGAGCAUUGCAACGGCGCUGAAGAACAGAGGAGUUUCAUUUCUCUGGGUGAUUAGACCUAAGGAGAGAGCCCAAAACGUGGCCGUUUUGCAAGAGAUGGUACAAGAAGGACAAGGGGUUGUUAUUGAGUGGGGUCCUCAAGAAAGAAUACUGAGCCACGUGGCCAUCUCUUGUUUUGUUACACAUUGUGGAUGGAACUCGACGAUGGAGACGGUGGCGACUGGUGUUCCGGUGGUGGCGUACCCGAGUUGGAUCGAUCAGCCGCUUGACGCGAGAUUGCUUGUGGAUGUGUUCGGAAUGGGAGUGAGGAUGAGGAAUGGUGCCGUCGACGGCGAGCUUAAGGUAGCGGAGGUUGAGAGAUGUGUUGAGGCUGUCAUGGAAGGACCCAACGCCGAGGAUAUGAGGAGGAGAGCGACGGAGUUGAAGGUUGCGGCGAGAUCGGCGUUGGCAGAGUUCAUAUAA